UAUUUCAAAUAAACAACUUAUUUUUUAAUUUUGUUUAUUUUGUUAUUGGUUAAUGGUUGUUAUAAUAUCAAAGAUGAAAAAUAAAUACUAGAGAAAAAAGUGUUUGAAGUAAUGAAGAAACAAAAAGCCAUUCUGGAAUAUGCCUCAACAAUCUACUAAAUGGAAAAUGGAGAAAAUAGUUUCUUCUACACCAAAAAAACGUAAACGAGAUAAUUCAGAAGAUGACAUCGAUUCAAAGGAUAAGGAGAUUAUUGAGGAAUUUGAAGAUGGUUUAGAAAAAUCUCUAACAGAAAAAGCUGCUAAAUCUAAUCUAAAUGAAACUGCUGUGAAAAUUAUUUUGAGAUAUGUUGUUUCUGACGAAAAUGUUGUUGCUUUGCUUAAGCAAAAAGAAAAUGAUAAAAAUGAUCCAGCAAUUUUACCAUAUGAACCCAAAAUCACAAGAUCAAAGGCCAAGGAACUGGCUCACUCUGGAUCUUCUAUACUUUCUGCACAAUGGGAUAAAUCGAAUUCAAGUACUUCUAAUGUGAAAGAAUUAUUGACUGAAGAAUUACAUGAAGAUUCUUCAGAUGACGAGUAUGUUCCAGUUGAAGAAGAGAGUGAAGAUGAUUCUUCAGUUUGCUGUUCAGUUAGUAACCCACCAACUCCAUCUACAACUCAAAAAUUGCUGGAUGAUGAAAUAUUCAAAACACCGCAAUCGAUAAAAAUUAAGGAUGACAAACUUGAAGAUGAGAAUAUUCUUGAAUUAGAAGAUGAGGCCAAUAUUGCCCUUAGAACUCGGUCAAAAUUAUCCCUUAAUGAAACCCCACUGGAAGAACUUGAACAAUCAUUUUUACCGCCUGAUAUCACCAGUGAUAUGUAUGACUUUGAUUGUAAUGAUGAUGAUUGGAAGAAUUUUCUUAAUUCUUUUACUCAACCCUUAGAAGAAGUAGUCAAAAAUACAGAAGAAGAAGAUCUUGAUCCUGAGUAUAAUAUCCUUGCUGAUGAAGACAUUACCAAAGUUGAUGCAGAAGAAUUACGUGAUGAUAGAGGUGUUAGAGUACCUAAAAGAGAAUUGAAUGACUUAAUUGCAGAGCUUUUUGAAUACGUUGAUAUUUAUGAAAAUAGAAAAGAUUUUGAACAAGAUAAUUUGGAUAUAAUUAUAGACCCAGAUUCAUAUCCUAUUCAAGAGUUAGAAUUGGAUAGGUAUAUUGAAAUUUUCGAUGGCAAUAGUAAUAAACAGAUUUAUCUGAAUAUGGAUGAUAAUGUUCCUGCUCUUUAUGAAAGACUGCCUUUACAAUCUGAAAACCCUUUGUCUGGCUUAUUCUCGGUAGUUCAAAUGAAACUUUUACAACAACAGAUGGCUCAGCAUAUUCAGAUGCUCACACAGAAUUUUUUUUUAACCUUUCAACAUCCUUAUUUCAGUGAAUAUGCAGGUGAAAUGAAGGAAUAUUUGAUGAAUCUGAAAUUAUUAUCUGAAGGUAAGGAAUUUUCAGCAUUUGACAGUAUCAAUUUGAAAUCGGCUUUGGAAUUGGUUGAACAAUGGGAAAAAAUGUUUGAGGAAGAGAAUGAGACUGCUUCGAAAACUGUUCAGCACUUUAAAGAUACCAUGGAAGAAUCUUAUGAAUGUUUCAAAAAUAAAAAAUAUUACUAUUACUUGCCAUUUCCUGAUAGCAUAAUGGAAACCUUUGCAGAAAGUGAUGUUUUCAUGUAUCCACAGUUGUUGCCAAAAAAUCCCUUUAAGCAUCCUAGUCUACAAAAAUGUGAAUAUGCACCGUUUACAAUUUCUGAGUUACAAUUAAUUGCAAUAGGAUUGGAGCAGUUUACGCAAUUCUUAAUCAACGACAAAGAGUUCCUGACAAACAGAAAGCAAAUAAAUAUGGCCAAAAUAGCAGAAGUUAUUCAAAAGUUAUUAAUGCCAGGAAGGAGAAGAAGUCAAGUUCUCAAACAGAUCUAUGAAUUGAAAAAUUCAAAAAAAUAUCCAAAUAAUCCAAUAGCAUUCUAUUUUAAGAAUAAAAGGGCACCAUACACAGUUCAUCGAGUUUACGAUCUAGAGAAAUUUGGUGUUUUGCCCCCUAAGAAGAGACCCCCAAACCUACUUCCUAGACAAUGGAGAUUCCACAUUCAUGGCAGUUAUGACAUGACUGAUAGCAGUGGGAAACAGAUUGAUGAAAAUGAACUAGCUAAUGUAGACAUGGCUAUGCCUGAUUAUUCAGAAUUGAAUAAAACAUCACAACCAAAAGAACCUGUUAAACUCCGAAAGAUACUUCCGGCAGGAAAAAUUCCAGAACCAACAUUUGCUAAACCUGUUUCCAUACCAAAAAAAAUUACAGAUCAUACAAUUAAAAAUGCAAGAAGAAAGUUAAGAGUUGCUUUUGAAAAAAAUAUUCCAUAUGUGAAAUAUAUUUCCCUAAGAAAAGAUAAGGUAUUUUUAAAAAAGUAUUUUCCACAUAUAUUCAUUGCAGAACUGAAUAGGCCUUCUUUGUGUGAUUUGACGAAUAUGCCUUUUUUAAAUGAAUACAAUGAAGAGGAAAUUAAUGGACCUUCUGAAAGGAAUAAUAUAAACGGCAAGGUAUCCAAUUCAACGGUGAAAAGUGUAGGAACUGAUCAAUCAAUUGUAGAAAAGGAAAAUGGAAAUGAAGAAAGAGAGAAACUAACGCAACUUUCUAACCUUAUGCCAUCUGAUACAACAAUUGAGAAGAAAAGAAGAGGAGAUUAUUGCCGAGAUUACAUGGACAAAUUACAGAAGACUUUAGGCUUCAACGGAUUUAACCAAUGGCUAAGAUCUUUUAUGCUUACACAGAAACCUGAUGCUAUAGAUGUGUACGAAAUAUUGAGACCAAUUCUUAGCCCCAAAUAUCAAGAUUUAGCAGAUGAUUUCCUUUUUUUUCUAACCUCAGUUCAAGCAACUGCAUUAGGACAAAUUAUUCCAUUCCUCAUUGUACAUCAUUUAGAAAGCUUUCUCAGAAACUUAGUAAUCCACCUUGAAGAUCAGCCAUCUCAAUUGAUGAAGGUGUAUGAAACACUUCAAGAUUGUAGUGAUACUCCUACCGCAAAUCUUGAAAGGAUUAAUAGUGCAAUAAAUCCUCUUCUCGAGAGUAAUCCUCUGUUAUGUGAUAAGUUUUUACACAUAUUCUUAGAAACAUCAAUCUCCAUAUUGACGAAUGGAGCUUGCAAUGCGAUGGACGUUGAUAGAAAGCUGAAAAGAGCCAAAGAAGAAGGAAUUUUCGAAAAUUUUACGAUCAAUGAGGAUAUUUCAAGUACAUAUAGUGCUCAAACAACUGAAUAUCAAGCAUUUAAGCACCAAACAAUUGUCCUGGUAGAGAAUAUUUUACUUACUGUUGAUGAAGACGUAGACGAAAAUAUAGGUUUGUCAGCACCAGAUGAAGUAGCAAAUAAGCCAAAUGAAGAGGUUCAUUGUGAUGAUCAAAUAUUUACCGAGAAUGAGAUGAAUAGCAAGAAGAGUAAUGUGAAAAUAUGCCAGCCACCAAAAAAAAAACCAACCAAGCCACGAAAAAGCACCAAAAAAAAUAAAUCCGUAAUUAGUUCUGGGAAGAGUGAAGAGAAAACGAGCCCUAAAAAAAGAUCCCCAAUUCUUAAAUCACCAGACUCUUCAAAUGUUGUAAAAUCAAUUGAAUCAACCCCAAUUUCAGAGGAAGUCUGCAAUUCUUUACCAUCUCUUGAAGAUAUUCUCAUAGUUUUACCUAACAUUGUUGCAGGUGAAAAUUCUGGUUGUAAUUGUAACUGUCAUAAAACUGAAGAAGAUCACCCAUUGGAACAUUUCUGUGACGACUGUAAUCUCAAGUGCAUCCAAGAAAAGAUGAAAUUCCAAACUUCCAAAGAAACGCAGCCAAUAAACAAUAUAUCAGAUCAUGAUGUUCAACAAGAUAGUUUGAGGAUUGCUGUCAAGAGAAAACGAACAGGUCCAAGUUCUGUAGUUAAUGAAGAAGAACCUGUAGAUAAUAAUCUAGUACUAACUGGUCAAUCGAAAGUUCGAAAAAUUGCCCCAAAAAAUGUUCCACCAGUAGAUACUUCAAUAACCCUCUCUCCCAAAUCUCUUCUGAAGGAAAAAAAACGGCAAGAGUACAAUAAAUUAAGAAGAAGGAAAAGAAUAUUUAAAAGAUUCUUUUUUCAAACUAUUCCAUAUGUGAAAUAUCUCUACUUGAGGGACGGUCCAGAAUUUUUAAUCAAGCAUUUUCCACAUUUAUCUACUCUUGAUUUCGGUAAAGCAAAAGACGAAGAUAUGAAUUCUUUACCAAGUAUGCCUUGUUUGGACUUUUUCUCUCAAUUACAAAAUGAAGAAAUAUGUCGAGGCUUUCAGAGUGAACCUUUAUUAGAAAGUGGAUGUGAUAAAGAGCCUUUGAAUGAAAUAUCUAAAAAACUUUUAUUAGAAAGUGGAUGUGAUGUAGAACCUUUAAAUGAAAUAUCUAAAAGGACUUCAAUAGAAAGUCGAUGUGAUGAAGAGCCUUCAAAUGAAAUAUCUAAGAGCCAAAAUACCAUUAGCAAGGAUAGUUUAGAAGACAUAAAUGCUUUAAUGGUAUCUAGUUCAACUGUGAAAAAUGUCAGGAAAGAACUAUCACUCCAAGAAAAGAGGAAAGCAAAGAGAAGAAAAGAAUAUUUGGCAAUAAUUGCUAUGCUCACUCCUCUAGAUCCAGUCAUAGAGAAGAAAAAAAGAGAAGAGUUUGCACAAGCUUACAUGAAGAAACUACAGGAAACAUUAGAUAAAGAAGACUUUCAAAUUCUGCUAGAAUUGUUCAACGAUGAAAAUGGAGAUGCGGUAGAUUUAUACAAAUCAUUGAAGCCAAUUCUCUGCCCAAAAUAUCAAGAUUUAGCUGACGAAUUCCUUUUGUUUCUAACUGCAGAGCAAGCGUCUGCAGUAGGACAACUUAUUCCAUUUUUCAUUAUGAAUCAUAUGGCCAAAUUUCUGAAAAAUUUAGAAAUAUACUUCAGAGAUCAACCGUCUCAACUGAGAAAAGUUUAUAAAAAUCUUCAAGAUUUAAGUGAUACUCCAGAUGUAAAUCUUGAAAGGAUCAAAAGUACAAUCUUGCCACUUUUGAAGAAUAAUCCUCUGUUGUGUGAUAGUUUCUUACAGAUCUUUUUAGAAGAGACACCUACUGCUACAUUACUUAAUGGAGCUUGGGAUGUGAUAGAUGUAAAUAAAGAGCUCGUUAAGGCCAAAGAAGAUGGAGUGUUUGAAAUUAUUGCAGUUACCGAUGAAGAUUCUGCAUGUACAUGUAAAUGUCACAAAGCUGAAGGAGAUCAAACGUCGAAACACCAUUGUGAUAAUUGUGGACUUAGGUUCUUCCAAGGAAAGGUGUACUGCCAAACUUCGAAAGGAAUGAAGCCAGUCAAUAUUUCAUUUCCUUUUGAUCCAGACAUUGAUCACAAAGCAAGAUUGACAGAUCCGAAUAAAGCCAAACGUGUUGAUUCUAAUUCCGGUAAAUUGGCAAAUUCGCCAAAUAAAGAGAUUCAAGAUGAUGGUCAAACAUAUAUUGCGAAUGAGACUGAUGGUAGGAAGAGAAAAGUAAGAGUAUGUAGAUCACCUAAAAAAACGACAACCAAGCCAAAAAGAAGCACCAAAAAAGAUAAAUCGACGGAUAGUCCUAAAAGUAGUGAAGACAAAUCAACCCCCAACAAGAGUCCCAGAAAGAGAUCAGCCAUUCACAAAGUGACAAACUGUUCCAAUGCUGCGGAAUUACCAGAGAAAUCAAUUCCUAUUUCAGAAGAUGAUUGGAAAAAUUUGCCCUCUCCCGAAUAUAUGAAUUUAGCAUCUGAUAGUGAGUCGUCACAAGAAAAUGAAGCAACACUUAUCAAUUCUGGUCUAGGGGAAGUUAAAGUUGAGGAAAUAUGUUUUACAAAACAGGAGAAUGUGAUUGGAGAAGUAUCUGAUAGGUGGACUAGGGAAGAAGAUAGGAUUUUAUUGGAAACUUUUAAGGAAUAUUCCAACCAUGAACCAAUUACUUUGAUUAAAGAACAUUUGAAAAAUCGCACAGAAGAAGAAAUACGUGUAAGGUUUGAUAAUCUUAUGACUCUACUUCAAGAGAUGUAUUCCAAAGAAGACUCAAAAAUAUCUAUCUCCUAAGAAGGAAUUAAACUGUUUUUAUUGAAAGAUAUGUUUUAUGCAAUAAUAUCAUAUAUUAUGAUUGAAAUAUUUGAUUUUAUAUUAAAAAAUUAUAUUAUGAGUAUUAUUUUUAGACAAUUCUGAUAAUAAUUUUGUUUGUUAUUGUAAUAUACCUUAUGAAACCAA